CAGUAUCAGGAGUUUUUCACUUUCCCAUGGUUUGUACACAGCCCUUGGACCACUCAUCCGUUCUUUAGUAAGUAAAAAGGAAAAAUUAAGGCAAUCUACUAAUAAACAUUUAGCUGAGCAAUGGCUGCAAAGAACAUCAGAAUAUAUGGAUUCGAAUUCAGAAAGUGCCCAUUAUAAUUUUCCUUAUCAGUCGAUGCAAAAUUAA